AGAGUAACAAACGCUGGUGUUAAUUGCUAACGGUUACAGAUACGUUAAAUAUGGCGACACUAGCUAAGGGAAAUAACUGUAACGUUAAGAUGAUAUGCUAACAGCGGGGCGGAAUACAUUUUAAAAAGGCGUGACGUGGAAAUCAUUCAUCGUUGGUUAACGUUUCACUGGUUAAAGAUUAGCUAACACCGGCUAACUAGCUCUGUGCUAGCGGUGCUUGCUAGCAAGCUAACAAAGAGCCGUUGCUCCUCCUUGCUUUGUAUGCUCGAUGUUGCCAUUUCAAAUGGCUGUGGUGUCACUUACGAGGCGGCGGAGAAGUAGAGAAACUGGACUGGAGCAUAUUCCGAGUGUCUGGCCUUCCUGCCUUUGCCUACAGUAGGAAGUUUGGUGCCUGUUUUGGGCCGUGCAUGUUUGUUCCUCACCAGUGAUUCCUUAUGCUUGAGAGAAGCUGCACCCUGUGUCUUACAGGAUGGAUGGUGUGGACUUAAAGAGACUUGUUUGUCAACAUCAGCACUCUGUGUUCUGCUUUGGUGUUCAGUCUUUUACCAUUUACAAGAGAACACCUCCCAUCCUACACCUCCCAUCUCUGCACUAUCUAUAUAUAAAGACUGUCUUUGAGCAAUAAAACAGUCAGCUGGAGAUAGAAGUUGUAGGACUUUCUAUCUUUUUUUUUUUCUUUUUAAAGCACAGAUCGAUACUGCUUGUAUAAGCCUAUAUGGCGGACGUGGAAGUAUCCUUAUUUUAAUUUUUCAGUCAGUGUACCCCCUUACUCCUAGUGUGGGUGGUGGGAUGUCGGAAAAGCCAGACGACAAAAUGGUGAAGUUCCUGGCUCCCCCUCAGAAGAGUGGAAAUGGCCCCAGCUCUGGUUCAGAUUCGAUGGUGAGCGAGUGUCGGCCAACAGAAGUGAGACGCCGCCAUCACACCAUGGAACGUGAUCGAUGUAACCCUGAACACCGUUUCUUGCGUCGCAGUGUCAUCAGUGAUUCCAAUGCUACAGCAUUGGCCCUCCCUUUACCUAGCAAGAUCCCCAUCCCUGCACCUCAACGGGUUCAAGUACGAGAAGCCGUCCCCCAGCGGCAACAGGCUGCUGCUCCUCAUUUGCCGCAGACAGAACUAAGUUUAGCUAAACAUAAGUCCGCUGAUAAUGGAAGAGGAAGACAAGAAGGACAAGAAAUAGCCAAGGUGGAUGUAGUGCCUUCAGAGCAGGAGCCUGCCAUCGUCCCAGAUGCCUGUGAUGGAGAGGUGGUGGUAGCAGCCCGCUCCAUACCGAGCUUAGGAACAGAAUUGCCUAGUCAAACAGAACCUGAAAGUACCACUGAGGUUAAGUCACAUCAAGAAGAGGGGGAGGAAGAAGAUAAGGAUUCUGCCAAGGCAAGAGCAGAGGCAGAGCAGAGAGAAGCUGAGAAAAAGGUGCAAGAAGACAUUGAAGAGGCAGAGACCAAAGCAGUGGGAACAUCACCAGAUGGGCGUUUCCUUAAGUUUGAUAUAGAAAUCGGCCGUGGCUCCUUCAAGACUGUCUACAAGGGCUUGGACACUGAGACCACCGUGGAAGUGGCUUGGUGUGAGCUACAGGAUCGUAAGCUGUCGAAGACAGAGAGGCAGCGCUUUAAGGAGGAAGCAGGGAUGCUAAAGGGACUACAGCAUCCCAACAUUGUCCGCUUUUACGACUCCUGGGAGGGACCCUCCAAAGGCAGGAAGUGCAUUGUACUGGUCACUGAACUCAUGACUUCUGGCACACUCAAAACAUAUCUGAAGAGGUUCAAGGUGAUGAAAAUUAAAGUGCUGCGCAGCUGGUGUAGACAAAUCCUCAAGGGGCUCCACUUCCUUCAUACUCGGGCUCCCCCCAUCAUCCAUAGGGACCUUAAGUGCGACAAUAUUUUCAUCACAGGCCCAACAGGAUCUGUCAAGAUUGGAGACUUGGGACUGGCCACACUCAAGCGUGCAUCAUUUGCGAAGAGUGUUAUAGGUACCCCUGAGUUCAUGGCGCCUGAGAUGUAUGAGGAGAAGUACGACGAGUCAGUGGAUGUGUAUGCCUUUGGAAUGUGCAUGCUGGAGAUGGCCACCUCAGAGUACCCUUACUCAGAGUGCCAGAAUGCUGCACAGAUCUACCGCAGAGUCACUAGCGGGGUGAAGCCGGGCAGCUUCGACAAGGUGGCCAUUCCUGAAGUGAAGGAGAUCAUCGAGGGUUGCAUUCGCCAGAACAAGGACGAGAGGUACUCGAUCAAGGACCUGCUGAACCAUGCCUUCUUCCAGGAGGACACAGGGGUGCGUGUGGAGUUGGCAGAGGAGGACGAUGGAGAGAUGGAGGCUAUUAAGCUGUGGCUGAGAAUUGAAGAUGUAAAGAAACUCAAGGGGAAGUACAAAGACAACGAAGCUAUUGAGUUUUCUUUUGACCUCAACAAAGACGUCCCAGAUGAUGUGGCUCAGGAAAUGGUUGAGUCUGGUUAUGUGUGCGAUGGUGACCACAAGACCAUUGCAAAGGCCAUAAAGGACAGGGUGUCUCUAAUCAGCCGCAAGAGAGCACAGCGGCAGCAGGUCAGAGAAGAUCUGGAGAAAAGAAGAAUAGAAGAAGAACAGCAGAGUCGGUCACUACCAGCACAGCAAUCAGGCCAACAGUCAAGCACGGAGAUGCCUCAGUCCCAGCCAGUGCCACAGCCUGCUCCUUACGUCCCUCCACAACCAAACCAACACAGCACACAGAUGUCUGCCCAACCUGCAUCUCAGCAGAGCCACCAGAGCUCUAACUAUAACACUCCUCAGUCAACCCAACUGACAAGCAUGGCACAGGGGGUACCUUACAUCCCCCAGUCAACUGGGCAAGUCCCACUUCCAGUUCAGGGUCAGAGUGUGGCCCCCACCCAGCCAGAGCCAGAGGCGCCAGAGGCUGACCAACACCAACAACUACAGCACACUGGAGGAGCCACUCACAUGGGAGACAGAGUACCUGGUUCCACCAUCCCUCCUGAGGUCCAGCCCUCUCAGUCUGGAAUACCCUACAGCUCCCCUCCCAGUCAGCACCUUCAGCCCCAGGUGUCAUGCCCACAGACACAAAACGACCAAACACAGCAGCAGCAGUUGACAGUGGUUCAGCCCCAGCCUGAAGUUGUUCCGGUUGCACCUAGCGGCCAGUCUGCUCCAGUGGCACCUCCACAGUACGGAGUUUACUACCAACCAUCGCUUCCUCCUCAGAUUCCCAAUCAGCAAGUGAUGAUACCCCCGUCCUCUCAGUCAUCUCCCCCUCAACAGCAGCAGCAACCAGAGAGCAGCACCACUCUUCAGAGCUCCACUGUACCGCAGGCGCAGACUGGAGCUCAGCAGCUACAGGCCCCUGUGAGUGUUCCUCAGUCGUCAUCAGUGGAGCAGCCUGGAUCGUCUGCUCUGGUGCCACCAACUGUAGAAAGCUGCCUGUCAGACGCAGCUUCAGGUCUCAGUGACGGUAACGAUGGAAGUUCUACUUCAGGAGGUCGCCAUGAGGGCCGCUCACUGAAACGUCACCAGCGGCGAUCUGUACGCAGCCGCUCCCGCCAUGAGAAGACUGCAAAGGCCAAGCUAAAUGUUCUCAGUAUCUCUAAUGUGGGAGACAGAGUAGCAGAGUGUCAGCUGGAAACACACAACAGGAAGAUGGUGACCUUCAGAUUUGACCUUGAUGGCGAUAAUCCGGAGGAGAUUGCAAAGAUCAUGGUUGAGAGUGAGUUUAUCUUGGAGAGUGAGCGGGAGUCCUUCAUCGAGCAGGUCCGUGAAGUCAUUGAAAUGGCUGAUGAGAAAGGAGAGGGCAUGAAGGAAGGCUUUCCUCAGAUGAGUGAUCACCAACAACAACCUGAGCUGUCUGUUCCCAUGCUGCCAGGCAUUUCCCCGAGCACUACAGCCCAGGUUGUGCAUUCAGCAGGACGACGGUUCAUAGUCAGCCCAGUGCCAGAGUCUCGUCUUAAAGAACAGUUCUUUGGCACUUCUUCUGCUAAUACCUCCUUUGGAGAUGAAUCAGCUCCCUCUGUGCCACUGGGCCUCUCUCUGUCUGCUCCAUCUGGCACUCUCCAGCAGGCUUUCAGUAAAAUGAAGCAGGCUCGUGUAGAGAGAGGUGCCACCCUUGAUCCCUCUGCUACUGAGCAAGAGCCAGGCCCUGUCCCGACCAAUGAGGCUGGACUCGGCCCAAACUCUAACAAUAUCCCGGCUCCGCAAGAAGCUGUCGCUUCCACUGCUAACACUACUUUUCCUGGUGUGCCUCUCACAUCCACUGCGACAUCCUCGCCACCUCCUUCAACUGGAAGGGUUUCCCCUCCACCUGCAUCUCAGUCCCAAACCCCAGCUCCUGUCACCAGUGAUGCCAGCCCCCCUCCUCAUUCAUCCCAUGAAACAGCACCUUCGCAGCUCCCACCAGCUGCCAACAUCCCACCCACAUCUUCCACCAUUUCUCCUCCAUCAGUGCAGACCUCCGUCCCUGCAGUACCUGGGCCUCAGCUGAGCAGUAGCUCUGUCUCUUCUGUUGCUGGUGUUACAUCCAGUGGUACUGGCCCUGUCCCUGCGUCAGAGCAGCAGCCCUUUAAUAGUGCUGUUUCAUCCUCUCAGCCUGUGAAUUCGUCCAUCCAUGCACCACAGCACACAAACACCCAGUCUCAGCCUGUCCCUAUUUCUGCUCAGCCCCCUCCUCCCUCCUCGUUACCUAGUCAGAGCCAGGUCCAGCCACAACCAGUGGAGUCAGAGGGAGCCGAGCUCCAGAACAAGGCCGCUGGCAGAGAUGAUAUCCAAGCUCUAGACAAGAAGCUCCGGUCUCUCUUUAAAGAUCAGAGCACGACCUCUGCAUCAGUGGAUCAGAACACAGGCACUUCCUCUCCUCCCACUGGCACUUCUUCCCCUCCACCUGGAGUUGCCAUGGUGCCUCCAUCUAACCUUCCCCUCACCUCUGGGGUGCAGAGUGUCAUGGGGCCCACUACCACCCCAGGACAGGGUGUUACCCCGGCAGGACAGACACCUCCAACUAAGCCCAGGGCACAGACUUUGCCGACUGGUUUUGAUCAAGCUGCUACACCUCCCUCUGAACUUGUACCGCCAUUUCCUGGACCAAAUCAGUCACAGCAGCCCCUGGGUAAUUUGGAUGCCCAGUUAAGGAGAGCUCUGAGCCCAGAGACUGUUCAGGGAGGUAACAGAGUCCAGCCUCCAGCAGCAGGUUUCACUCUGGGACGUUUCCAAGUGUCCGUUGCUACUGAUGGCGCAUCCAGUAGCGUCCCAGAUCCCUCAAGCAUUGUCUCCUCUGCAUCGCUCACGCCGUCCUCUACUUCCUCCUCCUCCUCUUCUUCUUCCUCUUCCUCUUCUUCCUCCCCCUCAAGUCCAGAAAAUACCCUCCACCGGUCAUCAUCUCUGUCCAAAGGAGUUUGUGAAACUGACGCUGUAAAUGGAGCCCCCUCUCUCUCUGCUGACCCUGCCAGUCAGCCGACCACUAUUGGGCGUUUCCAAGUGUCCUCGAGCACCAGUGCCACAUCUGGGCCAACCACUGGCUCUAAAGUGGGACGUUUUUCCGUCACAGUGACCCCAGCUCCAGCAGGAGGCUCCAGUCCAACACAUGGCUCCAGUAUGCAGAACGGUCCCUCAUCCUCAACGUCUGAACCUCAUAACACACACACCCAUUACAGUAGUGACAAUGAUGACGACUCUGAGACCGAGGACGAAGCUCUGCAGAAAGAAAUCAGCCGUCUCAGAGAAAAACAUAUGAUGGAGAUUCAGACAUUGCAGGCUCGUCAGAAACAGGAGGUAGAGGCCGUGUUUUUGCGAAUGGGAAAACCUCCUCCUCCCUCUGUUUUCUCCCCUGCUGUGGCGAUGGCUGGAGGUCGACGAAGGCUCAAAAGCAAAAACCACAAAUCUGCUCGUAGUAGUGGACAGCCCAGCCCUGUACACUCAGGAUCCCCAGCCUCAACUCAGAGUCUUCAUGUUUCAGAGUCCUCUCCAAAGCAAAGUUCAGCCUCAGCAACAGAGGCAUCAGAAACAGCAACAGAGGCAUCACAAGUAGUUAACAGGUCAUCCGUGAAGCAGCUUAGAACCUCUCCAUCCAUGCCCAGCCUCAGUAGCUGCUCCACAGGAUCAAGUGGAGCCAGCUCCACAAACGGAUCAGGCCUCUGCCAGAACCACUCUUCUCUGGCCCAGGCAAGCGGACCCACUCCUUCCUCGUCUCACACGCAGAAGGGCAAGGGCACCUUCACUGAUGACCUGCACCAACUGGUGGAUAACUGGGCCAGGGACGCCAUCAGCCUCUCCCAGUGCAAGAGAGGUCCUAAAACUGGAGCACAAGCACCACUGGGUCAUGACAUUAUCCCUCCAGCCAACAUGGGCCGUAAAUUCUCAGCUCCUGGCUACCUCUGCCCAACACUUCCCACGCCUUCCAACACCACGUCCACCACAUCCACUCACCUCCCCAAUCCAGCCAACCCCUCUGUCCCUUUGGGGCCGCGUAAAGGCUCUCUGGGCCCAGUUGCGCAAGGGUUCGGAUACGCCUCAGCCCCGUACAGUGCUCCUCAGUGGGCAGGACCCACAGGCACAUGCCAGGUCAACAUGCUUAACCCCGCACAGCCACUAACGCAGUACCAGCCGCCUACAACAGCCUCAGUGUCCCUGCACCAAGGCUACCACAUGGGAACCACAUCUGCCCCCCAGAACAACCCCGGAGGGUCCAACCUGAGGCCUACGUAGCCCAGUUGUUGCCCUGGUCCACGCUGAGACGGAGGGCCACACAGGGCGGACAGUCGCUGAACGAGAACCACUAGCUCUCUGUGCAGUUUGCUGGUUAGCUGGCUGGAUAUUGUGCUUUUUAUUUCAACUUUUAUUAUUACAUGUUUCUUUCUGUAAUAAAGUUGACCUGUGUGGUUCAAGUCCUCUUGGGCGGAACGAAAUCUGCCUGGCAAAUUGGAGGGAGAGUGCAAUACAUAUCCACGGCACAAGAGUCUCACACUUGGCCUGCCAUCAGCUGUGGAACUGAGCUGUGACGAGUCGGUUGGUCGUGUCUGGUGACGUAAUGACCCAAAAGCGUAACCAACAGCAGCCAAAGAUGUCUUUGAGAGCAGAUGUUGCAAUGUCAUUCCUUUUGGAGAGGAGAAGGUAGGAGGGAUUCUGGUUCACAUCCUUACUGGUCCUGACUUUAAGCCAAGCUGGGACUGAUGACAUAUUACCACAUAGACAUAUGUGCGCACACCUGACUAAACAUUAAGCUGGUGGAGUGACUUGGGAUAGAAGGUUGUUUCAGAGAGCAAGGAGGGAGUGUACAGAAAGUGGGAGAUAGGAGUGGGACGAUUAGUUUGUCCCAGAUGGAAUAGCAAAGUGUGAUUGGUUGAGUUGGGAGAAGAAAGACAUAGUAAGUUAGGCAGGAGUGUAACAGAUAGAGUUUGGGUAUGAACACAUCCCAGUGGCUACCUAUUGAGUAAAAUGCAAUAACGGCAAAGAGUAGAUAAACUGUCCCUUGUAACUGUGGCCUUAAUCCCAGAACAUGUUCAAACAUUGACUUUGUACAUAGAUAUUUCUUCACUGGGUUAUGAUUCCAUGUCUCGCAUAUUUAUGUCCCUGUGAGAGUGUAUUGACUUUGUGAUUUGAGUUGUCCAUCCAUACAGAUUUAUUAUUAUACUGAGUUGUUUUUCACGUCUGAUUCACAAGUCAGUGGAUCUGCCACAUUUAAAAAAAGCAUUGUCCUGGUGUUGACCACCACUCGCAGUGUGAAACUUAAGAGGUGAUGCUGCUGUAAAUCACAAUCUGGUUGAGGGUGUUAGCAGGGUGUUUGUUUGUUUUUUUGUUGUUUUUUACACAAGGAUGAAAAAAGAAUCCCAAUUUCACUUAGUUCUGAUAUAAGCAGGUCAAAUUUGCUCAUCAUAUCACAGAAACAGGACAAAUUUUGGUUUAUUGCAUUAGUAUUUGUGGGAGGUUUCAGUCUCUACUUCUCCCAGUUGUUUACACAGACGGUGCACAGACGAACAGGUCGUUGGUGAAGUCAUAUUAAAAUAUCUCCGCUCAUAACAUUUAGCCAUCACCUCUCGAAUUACAAGUGUCUGGGGUUCUCUCUUCCUGUGGUCUGUUUUUGUAUGCGUAUAUUUAAUAAAACAAAUGUUCUUUAUGGACCUGUAUUCAGCCAUCAGAUUUUGAUGUUGUUUCACUGUAAUUAUUAUUAAAGGUUGUUAAACAACAUGUAGUUAAAGGAAUAUAAAAAGUGCAAUUGCAGGGUUGUUGUCGUUGGUAUCCUACCCACCACGCAGGAGAGGUCCUGUGGUCUAUUAAGCUCUUCUCUCUAUGACUGCCCUGCCCCCAACCCCCCCCCCCCUUUUUUUUCUAUUUUAUUGUACAUAUGUUAAUGUGAGUUAAAUGCUUUCAUGUAUUGCUCCGUCACUAGAGUAUGCUUGUGGUGACCCACUCUACAUGCACACGCACUCUAACCUGUAAACAUGAGGAACACUUUAGUGCCUUGCAUCCUCACUAAUGACAAGUUCCAGACUCAUCUCGUCCUGUCGCUGUGACUGUACUGCAGAAAAAAACCAGUUAGCUUAAACCUGUACAUGAUGUAAAAAACACACAACAGGUGGCUUCAUGACUGACACACACAUAUACACACACACACAGAGGAUGUAACACUGACAACAUCAGACGAGACACCGCACGGGGCUGCAGAACAAAGAGCACACUAGUAAUGUGGAAGCGUUUCUGUUCUCUCUACAGUUCCGUUUGUGUCGGUUGUGUAAUCAGCUGUGUUUUUAUAUUUGGCUCACACGUACAUGGAUUUGGCUGACAUUUGUUUUUGUGGAUUGAUCAUUAAACUGUUUUCAGACGCACUUGUUCAGGCAGCAAGUGAGCUGUGUAAAGGUUUAAACGUUGUCACGCUGGUUUAACUUUUGUCUCAGCACCUCACACGAGUGCCAUGCCGUCAUUGUGGCUCUUUCGCCUGCUCGUAGAUUGGAUGAAUAGUUAAACUUCUCUAGAGAAAAAAUAAGUUACUGCAAUGCAGAAUAUGCAAUGUUUAAAGUUUUAAAGGGACUGAGGGGUAAUGGAAACAUUUGCAUGCUGAUGAGGGUUGUUACUGACUUUAAUGUUUUUGAUAUUGGACUAUUAGAUCUUUUUUUUAUUAUUAUUAUCAUUAUUAUUAUUUGCCUUUCUGAGUGAUCACAAGGUGUUGAUCUGUUCAUUGCCAUUUACCAAUAUCACAGGCACAACUUCAAUAUCAGACUAUCAGCGUAUGAUUUCUGCAUGCCGGCUUCACUGGUGUUUAAUCUUACAACCAGCUCACAUCUGGCUCCUGUACAGCACAAGCUCACAACAAAGCUUUUAAAGUCCAUAUGCUCUUAUCAUCAUUAAUUAUUAUCACACACCUCUACAGUUCUGUUUGAGGCUACUGACACGCAAUUCUAUCUGUUGAGCUCUAAUUUCUGAUCCCUCCUUACUGACCUCCUGUGAUUCAGUGUCUGUUUUGUGUAUGUUUUUCACAUUGUACAAAAUGUAAAAACAAAUAAAAAUAAUAUCAAUCGAA